AUGUUGUCCUCGACAACGCUUAAGGUGAGUGAUGAAGUGCGGCAGGCCGCGGAUGAUGUGGGAGCGGACGCGACGAUUCUCGGCGCCUUUCUUUGCAACAGCGCGACGCUCGGUACGUACCGCAUCCAGGAGCACUGCCGGCGCAGGGUCAAGGAUGUGGUUGAGCAGGGCAGGAAUAUUGGACGUCUCGAGUGGGAGAAGUACCACCCCCUUGUACAGGAUUUGCGGUUGGCUACAAGAACUCUACACGAAACCGUUGAGGGUGGACGCGACGCGCUGCGACGGAUGCACUGCUGUGUGGGUCGGCUUGUCAUGGGUAUGCAGCCACCAGGCGGAGUGGAAUCCGCUGAGGUGCUUCGCUGUCGUGAGGAACAGCCGCCGUCGUAG